AUCCAAAGUAAAUAGCUACCCUAUCCAGCUAUCUCUUGUCCAAAAUGAAUCCUCUAAGGUUCUCUCCUCUCCAUCUUCUCUCCCUGGCUCUUCUUCUCCAAGUUGUUCUUGGAGCAGACCCUCUCUAUCACUUCUGCUCCAAUUCCAAGAACUACACUUCCAAUGGAACCUAUGAGACCAACUUGAACAAGUUGAUGGAUUCUCUCUACUAUAGUGUUCCUCCCACAGGGUUUGGCCUUGACUCAGUCGGCAAAGAUCCCAACCGCGUCUACGGGCUUGGUCUAUGUCGAGGUGAUGUCUCAAGCUCCGACUGUAAGAGCUGUAUUGCUGAUGCAAACCCAGAGCUUCGCAAAAGAUGUCCUAAUGACAAAGAAGCCAUCAUUUGGUACGAUUAUUGUCUCUUGAAAUACUCCUACGAUGACUUCUUUGGCGAGAUUGAUACAAAGUAUAUAUUUUAUAUGUGGAAUACACAGAACGUAAGUGAUCCCACCACCUUCAAUUCCAAAGUUAGAGAAUUGCUAAACCAGAUAGCAACUCAGGCUUAUCAUACUUCAAAGUUGUAUGCUACUGGAGAGCUAGUGCUUGGUGGUUCAGAGAAGCUCUAUGGUUUGGUUCAGUGUACCAGGGACCUCUCUAGUGCUUCCUGCAAGAAGUGCUUGGAUAGUGCAAUAAGUGAUCUUCCUUAUUGUUGUGAUGGUAAAAGAGGUGGAAGAGUUGUUGGUGGUAGCUGUAAUUUUAGAUAUGAGCUCUACGCCUUUGUAAAUUCUUAAAAUCUCUUAAGUGUGCAUCAGUAGGGUUUAGGGGUCCCCCAUAUACACGUUACUACUAAAUAAAGUGUUAUAGGGUUAGGAGCCCCGCUUUGAUAAACCCAUGCAUGUGUAGGUAGUAUGGUUGGCGUGAACAUUCUACGUACUGUUGCUCUAUUGUAAUCGUAUUGUCGUAGUAUUGUAAUCGUAUUGUAAUCUGUUUCAGUUGAAUAUGGGACACUUCCAUAGGUAACAAAAA